CGGCGGGAGGCGCCAGGCGCGCCCGCCACGCAAAACCACCGUGCUCGGUCCCCAGCGGCAGUGGCAGCGCUGACAGCGGUCCGUGCGCGUUGUUCCACGGUGCCCUGCAUCCCGCAUCCCGCAUCCGCCAGGCUCCCCGACUCUUCGCAAACGUCAGUGCCCACCAUGGGGAAGCCCACGAGCUCGGGAUGCGACUGGCGCCGCUUCCUACGGAAUCACUGGCUGCUGCUCUCCACUGUGGCCGCCGUGGUACUAGGAAUUGUCUUAGGAGUCUUGGUUCGAGGACACAGUGAGCUCUCCAAUCUGGACAAAUUCUACUUUGCUUUUCCUGGGGAAAUUCUAAUGAGGAUGCUGAAGCUCGUCAUUUUGCCACUGAUCGUAUCCAGCAUGAUCACAGGUGUCGCAGCACUGGAUUCCAACGUGUCUGGAAAGAUUGGUCUGCGCGCUGUAGUAUAUUAUUUCUCCACCACCGUCAUUGCUGUAAUCCUAGGUAUUGUGCUAGUUGUGAGUAUCAAGCCUGGUGUCACUCAGAAAGUGAAUGACAUCAACAGGACGGGCAAAACCCCUGAAGUCAGCACCGUGGACGCCAUGUUGGACCUGAUCAGGAACAUGUUCCCUGAGAAUCUGGUCCAAGCCUGUUUUCAGCAGUACAAAACCAAGCGGGAAGAAGUGAAGCCUGUGGGUGAUCCUGGGGGGAACACAACGGAGGUGUCUGUCACCACUGCCAUGACAACAAUGCCUGAGAACAAGACAAAGGAAUACAAGAUCGUGGGCCUGUACUCAGACGGCAUCAAUGUCCUGGGCUUGAUUAUCUUCUGCCUCGUCUUUGGACUUGUCAUUGGAAAAAUGGGAGAAAAGGGGCAGAUUCUGGUGGACUUCUUCAAUGCCUUGAGUGACGCCACCAUGAAAAUCGUCCAGAUCAUCAUGUGCUACAUGCCGAUUGGUAUUUUGUUCCUAAUUGCUGGGAAGAUCAUAGAAGUUGAAGACUGGGAAAUAUUCCGCAAGCUGGGCCUUUACAUGGCCACUGUCCUGAGCGGGCUUGCAAUCCACUCCCUCAUAGUACUGCCACUGCUCUAUUUCAUAGUCGUGCGGAAGAACCCUUUCCGCUUUGCCUUGGGUAUGGCGCAGGCUCUCCUGACAGCCCUCAUGAUCUCGUCCAGUUCAGCAACCCUGCCCGUUACAUUCCGCUGUGCGGAAGAAAAGAACCAGGUGGACAAGAGGAUCACGAGAUUCGUGCUGCCCGUUGGUGCCACCAUCAACAUGGACGGCACUGCGCUCUACGAAGCUGUGGCAGCCGUGUUUAUUGCGCAGCUGAACGGCUUGGACCUGAGCAUUGGGCAGAUAGUCACCAUCAGCAUUACAGCCACCGCUGCCAGUAUUGGAGCUGCUGGGGUGCCCCAGGCUGGCCUGGUGACCAUGGUGAUCGUGUUGAGUGCCGUGGGGCUGCCUGCUGAGGAUGUCACCCUGAUCAUUGCUGUUGACUGGCUCCUGGACCGGUUCAGGACCAUGGUGAACGUCCUGGGUGAUGCGUUUGGGACGGGCAUCGUAGAGAAGCUCUCGAAGAAGGAGCUGGAGCAGAUGGACGUUUCAUCCGAAGUCAACAUUGUGAACCCCUUUGCCUUGGAACCCACAACCCUCGAUAACGAGGACUCAGACACCAAGAAGUCUUAUGUCAAUGGGGGCUUCGCGGUAGACAAAUCUGACACCAUCUCGUUCACUCAGACGUCACAGUUCUAGAUGCCUGGCCUCAGACUGAGGCCUGGGAUUGUGAAGGGCAUCUCCACAGGAGCCAUCUCUGAGCAAGCUCCGACGUUAAGGAACGAGAAGGACACUAAGAGUCAACUGUCCACUUAAUUCGAUAAACAGACCUCCAGAUUAUUUUCUAUAUUUGGCUUUAUAGCCUUUGUUCUCUGGGUUUAGGGAUUUGGGGUGGGAUGAACUGAAAGGAAAUUAAGAAAGUCGUGUUAUCUGGAUUUUCUAAUUCUAUACAACAGAGUUUGGAAGUAUAUGAAGUAGGAACUGUUGGGAUUAGGUCACAGAUAUGGAAGAGAAAUUGGUUUCUCAUGCAUAGACCAGUAUUGGGGAUUUUUUAAACAAUAUUAUUGGCUACAAAUUUUUACUCAGGCUUUCUAUUGGCGGGACUUCUUUGCCUUCGUAACUUUAUAGAUUAUAAUGCAUCUCAAAAGCCCUACCCAGUUAAUGUGCCAAAUUUUCCAUUUUGACCUCAUCUCCAGCCACACUCAAACUACCCUUGGAGAAAACAAAAAAAAAAAAGCAAAAAAGAUCAGCAUAGUUCUGCAAUAACAGUUUAAAGAUAGUUGUGGGGUUUAGGGGAAGGGAAAGGGUUUUUUAUUCGAUGUACUGUAUUGAGACACUGGUAGCUGGGAGCCAGUGUUCGGUAUAGAACUCUAUGUAUAUGUGUGUAUAUUUAUUUUUUUCAUGUAAUUUGCAAGACAGCGAUCAGUAAUGAACUAUCAAUGUGAAAUACGCAGCUUCCCUUGUACUUGAAUCAAAACUAUAGCCCCAGGCUAGGCGUGAGCUCACCAGAACACUGUCAGGCACUCUGGGAUGAGAAAUCAAGUUGCUGGCUUACUGUGAGUCAAGCCCUAAAGCAGAAACAUAUUAUGGUGAAACGCUAAGAUAGCACAGCCUUUCACUUACAACUUCUAGGGUCAGGCUCCCAGGAGGGGGAGGCUCCCUGCGAGCGUGGAAUAUGUACAUUUACAAAGGCACCUCUAGAGACAGGAAGUGCUCCCAUAGCAACGGAAGGCUUCAAUCUUCAAGUAGACUUCAAGACUCACUUCACAAGGCUGUCACUUCUCUGUCCUUGGUUUUCUCUGCCUCCCACUCCGGGCCAAACCAGCAGUGACAAGCCAUUGCUGUUUCAAAACGAGGUGGCCUAAAUUGAAUAAGCCUCAUUGCAAGGUGACCAAGCUAUUUUAUCUUUUGGUUUUUUUAUUUAGUUUUUUGAGACAGAACCUCUCUACAUAGCCCUGGAUAUCCUGGAACUCACUAUGUAGACUAGACUGGCCUCACACUCACAGAGAUCUUCCUGCCUCUGCCUCUUUGGGUGCCACCAUGCCCAGCUCUACACUGUGUUCUUACAGAAGAAAAGCCAGGCUAUAAGCUAAUGGUACCAGAGGUUCAGGGGGCAAUGCCUCAGUCCUCCCCUGGUGAGGAUUGUUCUGGGAAUCUCAGCCUUGUGGCUUAGAAUCCUCUGCCUGUCUUUCUCCUGCUAAUACCUGAAGAUGGCUUAUUAAAAGUCUAUGCUUCUGUCCUCAUCCUGUAAAUAAAACUCAACAAAAACUUGUUCUCAACUUGGAGACAGAUUCAUAACAGCUGUAUUUCUGUAGUGCCCUUAAGUCAUCUUAAACCCGUGCUUUUAUAUUUAAGAAGCCAGAAAUCGUGCCAAAGAUAGCAGGAAGGUAAAGGAAUGCUCAGAGUUGGCCAUGCCCACCUGAAAGCUACAGACCAUCACAGUCACUGAGACUCCGAACUUUGAAGUACAAAUAUCUGUAUUCUUUAUAGGAACUAAAUCUAAAUGAGGUUGAAUGAAUAUUUUAUUUAGGAAUGGACAGUUCUGUCCCCUUAGUGGCAGUGAAUUGGCAGAGCUGUUGACAAGGUCACUGGGGUCAUCUUGUAACCAGCCACUUAACACACUGUGCUGUUAACUCAAGAAGACAUGUUCCACUUCCUUCUCAAUAAACGUCUCCCCGGCUCUUUCUCCCCUUA